ACAACAGACGCUUUACGGCAGUAAAAAUGGCUUCUCAGUUCAGCGGUGUGCUGCAGUUGACAGAUCUCGAUGAUUUUAUCACUCCCUCUCAGGAAUGCGUCAAACCUGUGAAAAUAGAAAAAAAACUCGGUAAAUCGGUGGCCAAAAUUCAGAUAGAAGAUGAUGGCAGUUAUGUCCAGGUCAACAAGGAUGGAGGGAAACAGAAGCUGGAGAAAGCAAAGAUCACACUGGAAGACUGUUUGGCCUGCAGCGGCUGCAUCACCUCAGCUGAGAGCGUCCUCAUCACACAGCAAAGCCAUGAGGAGCUCCUCAAAGUGCUUCACAACAACAAGGCCAACGCUGAAGAGCAAAAGGUUGUGGUGGUGUCCGUUUCACCACAGUCCAGAGCCUCCAUCGCUGCACACUUUGACCUCAGCAGUACUGAGGCAGGCAGGAGGCUUACUUCUUUCUUUAAAGGCAUUGGGGUUCAUCAUGUGUUUGACACAAGCUUUAGUCGGACCUUCAGCCUGCUAGAGAGCCAGAGAGAGUUUGUGAAGCGUUUCAAGAGGAAGGAGCAGGACAGCAAGGCUCUGCCCAUGCUGACAUCGGCCUGUCCAGGUUGGAUUUGCUAUGCAGAGAAGACCCAUGGGGAGAUGAUCCUUCCGUACAUUAGUACCACUCGCUCCCCUCAGCAGAUGAUGGGUUCUCUGGUUAAAGGACAUUUUGCUGAACAACAGGGGCUGAGUCCACAGCAGAUCUACCAUGUGGCAGUAAUGCCCUGCUUUGACAAGAAACUAGAGGCCUCGAGGUCAGACUUCUACCUAAAUGAAGCUGAGACUCGAGAAGUGGACUGUGUCAUCACAUCUGGAGAGGUGCAGAAAAUGCUUGAGGAGAAAAACGUAUCUCUGAAAGAUGUGGAACCUGCUCCUCUAGAUACAAUGUUCAGCAGUGUGAGUGAGGAUGAGUUCCUGAGCCAUUCUGGGAGUGGGUCAGGGGGUUACCUCCAUCAUGUCUUCACCUACGCUGCCAAGCAGCUGUUUGGAGAGGAGGUUAAGGAGCUCACUUACAAGACCCUAAGGAAUAAAGACUUCCAGGAAGUGACUUUAGAGAAAGAUGGAGUUGUCCAGUUGAGCUUUGCUUUCACAUACGGCUUCCGCAACAUCCAGAACCUGGUGCAGAAGCUAAAGAAGGGGAAGUCGCCUUACCACUUUGUGGAAGUAAUGGCAUGUCCGUCAGGCUGUAUAAAUGGCGGAGGACAGGUGAAGCCCUUACCUGGUCAGAACCCAAAGGAGCUCCUCCAGAAGGUUGAGGAUCUCUACAAGGAAGAGCGCACGCUAUCGCCAGAAGAGGACACCCGUGUGGCCGAGCUGUACCAGUCCUGGCUGCACAGUGUGGGGGAGGAGAGAGCCAAAGAGCUGCUGCACACACACUACCACGCGGUGGAGAAGAUGAUUAAUGGACUUACUAUGAAGUGGUGAAGAAAGCUUUGGUGUAAUCCAUGAUAAGCAGAGUUUUUCAUCAAACACCACAGCACCGUCCCAAUGUGUGACUAUUUUUGUAAUUCUUUAGAGAGAACAGAAGGGUUAUGGGCAAUGUUGAAUACAAGCUGGAGUAAUGUAUGCAAAUAACCUUUCAAACCGCUGUUUCGCUCCUCUAAAAGUUGUUUGGCAAAUCGAAAGACAGGGGGUAUAGAUAAUACACACAAUGCCGGAGCCAAAUUAAGUUCACAUCGUAUGACCGAUUGUCUUUUGUCCAUUCAAAUGUAUAAAAAGUAAAUAAUACAUUUUGUGGCAGCUGAAAUGACAGAGCUAAAUAUAAUCAUUCCUUGUUUAUUUAACCUUAUGAUUAUGUGUAAUGAGAAAUAAAGACUUUAUUUAAUUGUAGACUUGUUUUAUAUAUUUUAAUGGAAUAUAUCCAACAGAAUUUAGAUAAAGACAUUAUUGAAUAAUCUUGAAUCGGUUGUGCAACUUUAAGCACAAAGUGAAGAUUUGAUCACAUUGUGAAGAAAUUAAAGAUUUACAUUAAUGUA